AUGUCUUCAAAUUGGCAAUACGAUAUAAAUCGUUGUCAAGAAAUUUUAAAUGUACUUAAACAGGCAGAAUCCCCAGAUAGUACUAUACAACUACAAGUGACAAAUACAUUGAAUACUUUUAUUACGACUGUGCCUGAUGCCUCGUGCUACUUUGCAUUGAUAUUUGCUUGCAUGAAUAAUGAAAAUGUCGAAGUUAGGCAAAGAGCAGGAUUACUUCUAAAGAACUGCUUGUUGCAAUUUGGUCUACCUAUAUCUUCACAAUUUUUCGAGUAUAUUAAACAAAAUGCCUUGUCAGCUCUAAAUGAUCCAAACAGAUUGAUUCGAUCUACUGCUGGUACAAUUGUCACAAACUUUAUUAAUUUAAAUAUAGGUCCAGCAUUAUUAACUGAAUGUCUACACUACUUAUCUCAACUACUAGAUUUGGCAACACCAGACAGUAUUGAUGGAGCUUUAGACUGCCUAAUAAAGAUAUGUGAAGAUGAGAUAGAGGCUGGAUUGGGAGAGGGUUCUACAAAUAAGUUAAGUUGUGUAAAUAAAUGUUCAACUUCGUGUCAAACUUCUAGAGAGGAGGAUUUUAAACUAUUUCUAGAUGUUUCUAGGAAAAUUAUUUUACCUAAGCUCUUUCUCAUUUGCGAGAGGAAGCAUAGUAUCUUGAGUGGUAAUGAAGUUGCAGUGCAUCUAAGUUUUAAAUGUAUUACUUUAUAUGCUCAGCAUCACCUUUUUAGUACAGGCCAAUUACUAAAUGACAUGUUUCCAACUUAUUGGAAUAUAAUAGGAAUCCUGGCUACUGACAGUAAUAUGAAAAUUAGGAUCCUUGUAGUAAUUGGUAUCUUAAGAGUAAUGGAGGAUGACCCCAAUGUAAUUUUAGAUGGAACAAGUAGAGAUGUAAUUAUUAAUUUUAUUAUAGGAUGCUGUGUUGAUGGAGGUGGAGAUACAUACAAUCUAAGAUUAGAAGCUUUAGAAUUUUGGCCUAUAUAUAUAAGAAAUAAUAAGGGAAUUGAUGCUUUACGACCUUUUUUACCAAAACUGUUAAAUUGCCUCCUUGUUAAUGCAAUAUUUACCGAUUUUGACUAUUUAGAAAUGGAUCCUUCUCACUUUGAAGAUGAAAUAGAGGAUGAUCAGUAUUCUGUAGGUCCUAGAUUUCAUUAUAGUCGUGGAGGUGUUGCUGUUAACGAUGAAGAUGUUGAUGAAGUUGAAACUGGAGCUUGGGGCAAUCAAUGGACAGUUCGUAAAGCAGCUGCAUUAGCACUUGAUCACAUAUCUUUAAUUUAUGGUGAUGAGAUUCUUCCAGAACUACUAGUAAAAAUAGAACAAAAACUCCAAGAUCCCAAUUGGGAAGUACGUGAAAGUGCUGUUCUUGUUCUUGGUGCCAUUGCACGUGGUUGUAUCAAGGGGUUAGCACCUUAUUUAUCCAAGGUUAUUACAUUCUUAUUGAAAUUGUCUAAUGAUCCAAAACCUUUACUUAGAAGUAUAUCAUGCUGGUGUAUAGCUAGAUUUACAUUAUGGCUUUCUCAUCAGCAGGAUCAGCCUAUUCUUAUAGAGACCAUCCGUACCUUACUCACCAAAAUGUUAGAUCCAAAUAAACGUGUAGAGGAAGCUGCAUGCUCAGCAAUGGCAACUUUUAUAGAGGAGGCAUCCCAGAAUAUGUCAUUAAUUCCAUUUUUGGAGGAUAUUGUUAAUACGUUAACAACAGCUUUAAACCUAUACCAAUAUAGGAAUUUGUUAAUUUUAUGUGAUACCAUUGCUACUCUAUGUUUCUCUGUAGGUUCUCCAGUAUAUAUCCCAAGCUUUGAGAAUAAUUUACUACCACUAUUUAUAAGCAAGUGGAAAAGUUUUAAUAUUGAUCACCCUUGCUUGAUAUCAUCUAUGGACUGCUUAGCCAAAACUAUGAGUGUUUUAAGAUCCAAGGCAAUUAAAUAUAGUGAAGUUAUUAUUGAACAUUGUAUAGUAAAUCUUAUGGUGAACUCUAUUACUGUUUUAAAGUCUGGAACCUCAUCUUCUUUGGAAGUGAGUGAUACUAUUGAAUGUACUGUGGACCUUAUUGGUUGCAUGCUUGAGGCUACAGGUUCUCAUUGUAUUCAAUAUCUAAUAAAGUAUAAAUUUGCAGAUUUUCUAUCAUUUUGUUGUCAAAGUGACUCAUAUCCUGCUAUACAGCAGAGUGCAUUUGCUUGUGUUGGGGAUAUUGCUAGAUAUUCUAAUGAUAAACUGGAAUUCCUAAAACCAAUAUUACCAAAUAUUUUUGGGGUACUUGCUAGAAAUGUAAAUCACAAUUGCACUGGAACAGCUAACAAUGCAAUAUGGGCAAUUGGUGAAUUAGUUAUUAACUCAAAUAAUGAUACAGUCAAUAUAAUUACUCCUUACAUAGAUGGUAUUCUUGAAUCUUUAAUUGUUAUUCUUCUGCAUCCAAAAUCAAAUACUUUUGGAGCUGAUAACCUAGCAGUUAAUUCUAGUAUUACUGUAGGUCGUAUUUCUCUAAUAUACACUAAUAAUGUAGCGAUUCAAUUACCAAGGUGUUUAGUUGCAUUAUGCCAUGUUUUAACAUCUGUCCAAAAUGAUAUGGAAAAAGUUAAUUCAGUUCAGGGUAUAUGCCUGGCCAUACAACUUAACCCAAGUUCUGUUGAUAUUCACUCUAUUGGAGUAUUUUUUGAUCUUAUUGCUUCUUUGCAACCAAUAUUGAUGCAAACUCGCCAAUCUUCAAUCUCACUGAUUGAUGUACUAAGUCAAACAAUACGCAUAAUAUAUUCUAAUACUAAUCAAGAUAUUUCUAAUCAAGCACUGCAACGUUGUGGAUCUUUUGUAAAGACAUUUAUAGGUAAUAGCCUAAAUACCCAAUAUAGUUAA